AUGGAGGGCAGCGCAGCGCCCAUCCCCACGUGGCUGGGCACGUGGCUUCUCCAUAUAAUCUCCCUUAAAGAAGAAACGCAGAGAAGAAAGAGAAGGCAACGGACAGGUUCUCCGAGAGUGGCCCGGGGAGUGUCCAUUGAGAGCACCUGCCUGUUGAGCGUCUUCCAGGCCAUCACCAUCAGCCCCCAGAACUCCAGGUGGGCGGCGCUUAAAGGGACGGCUGCGAGGCACAAGCAGAGGGUCCGGUACAUUCACGCCGCCAGUGUCUCCCCCAGGCCCUGCGCUGGCUCCAGAGCGACUCGGAGCAUCCUCGUUCUGGUGAGCACCUGUGUGUUCUGUCACGCCGUCUCCUCCGUUUGUCAAGUUUGUCAAGUUCUUUUAAAUAACCCCAGCCAGUCGCUGGUGACCACAUCGGCUCUCUUCUUCGCUGUAUGUUUUCCUACGCUCAGCCCCUUUGUGCUUACCAGCCGGGACCCCCGGGUGUUCAGGCCCAGCUUUGCCUGGGUAAGGAAUAAAAAAACCCCCUCAUCUUAGCAGAAA